AUGAUGUGGCUCUGGAGACCAACACUUGUCCCGUCGAGGAUGCCCGAUGAGAGUGAUUAUAAUUGUUGCUGUCAAAGGAUCACAGCCAGGACCGGUUUCACCAUCUUCAUCGGUAUCGAUGCUUUCUUCUUGAUCCUUUCAAUUGUUUCCAUUUUUAUGGAAACACACUACAAAUUUGGCUAUAUUUCUCAUGUCAUUGUCACAAUUUUCAUGGUAAGUUUGGCCUGCUUGUCCAUCAAGACGUUCAAACCGGCUUAUUUACAAGUUUAUGGAAUCUGUUAUAUAAUUCAAUUUGCGCUUUCGGCUUUGAUAGCGCUCAUAAUUUGCUUCGUUUUUGGGAUUGGAGCCAUUUUCUUUGCCUCAGUGACCCCGAGAAGUGGAGAUGAGCAACAUAUCAAAGCCGCUGGAACUCUUGUUUCACUGGCUUUGGUGUUCGGCACAGCGCUCUACAUGUUUUUGAUGACUUGGAAAGCUGUAGUCACUUACAAAUACUAUCGAUAUAUCAGAGAUCGACAACUGGCGAUUGAAGAGCAACCAGCGCUAAGGAAUACAAAUUAUCCAACAACAUUCCAUCCU